AUGGAUUACUUUCGUGGAUGGGUCGCCAUUACAAUGAUACAGCAACUGGGAAUUUUAGUAAGGAUAUCUGUGGAUUCAGAAAGUCUCCAAAUUGCCUUUUUCAAGAGUACAAUAUCGCGUAAGUCAAUAAAAAACUAUUGGGGAAGUUAUAUGCUUAUGGCUCGAUUUUGACAAUUUAGGUAAAGCUGCGCGUCCCUAUGUCAGUUUAUUCUUGGUUUUUACUAUCCAACAACUAAUGUUAAAACUCGCGCUACAGUUCGACAUCAAAAACAAAACUCUCAACUUUAUACACGUUGUAUUUUCUAUUGUGACAUUAGUUUUCUUCGUCCUCGAGACGUUUUUAUACCAGUACUUUGAACUUACUAACUCAUCCAUGAUCCAGAUGGGCUUUAACCUCAUUUCUGUCAUCUUCACGUUGAUAAUGUGGCCCAAGCUAAAGGAGGAGGAGUCCGUUGAAGAACAUCGACCUCGCAGGGUUAUAGCUAAACAUUUUAUGGAAACACAGGUGAGAGGAUUCAACACUACAGACGUACCUCAAGAACCUAAAAAGACAAAGUAG